AUGUGCAAGAAAAACUUUAUAGAGUAUCUCAACAGCAUAAAAAAGCCAUGGAAGUUUCUUGCGCCGAUGGUGGGAAACUGCGAACAGGCCUAUAGAAUACUUGCUCGCAAAUAUGGAGCUGAUGUCUGCUACACUGAGAUGGUGAACUGUAAAGUGUUCAAUAGAAGUAAGUGUAAUCCAGUAGACAACAUAUGGUACAGCACUAGCAACAUAGAUAGACCUCUCGUAGUACAGAUCUGCGGAGAUGACCCGGAAGCCAUGCUGCAGACGUGUCUUUCUGUACAAGACUGCUGCGAUGCUAUAGAUAUAAAUUUCGGGUGUCCUCAGGACGUGGCAAAAAGAGGGCACUAUGGAUCAUACUUGCAGGACGAGUGGGAUCUUAUUUCCAGAAUAGUUUCCACAUGUACCUUGGGGAUCAAAAUUCCAUUGUUUUGUAAAAUCCGUGUUUUUGACUCGAUUGAAAAAACAGUUGAAUAUGCAAAAAUUUUUGAAAAAGCAGGUGCGAGCCUGCUGGUAGUCCAUGGCAGAACAAGAGAACAAAAAGGCGUCAACACUGGCCUUGCAAGCUGGGAGCAUAUUAGAGCUGUUAAGGCUGCGCUAAAUAUUCCUGUUGUGGCUAAUGGAAACAUGAUACUCCAUGGCGACAUUCAAAGAUGCUGGGAGCAUACAGGCUGCGAUGGUGUAAUGAUUGCUGAGCCCCAUCUUUUUAAUCCAAGUAUAUUUGCUGGCCAGAGGAUAUCGUCACUUUCUAUAUUCUGCGACUAUUUAAACAUUGUUAAGUCAAAUACAAACCUAUUUGUGAAUGGCGAUGCAAAGUCGCAUUGCUUUAAGAUAUUCAACACAUUGCUAACUAAGAUUCCAAGUUUAAGAACUGUUCUUGACAAGUCAAGGUCCUUGGAUGACUAUUUUGAGUUUUGUAGGCUUGUUGAAGACAUGCUUAAGCAGAGCAAAAUUGCAGAGGGUGAUUUGGCGAUGCACCCAUACAUUAGGAACCGUGAUGUGCAGAGUAUGAAUAAUGGCACAUAG